UUUCUUCAUGAUCUUAUAUUUUAUAAUUCAAGAAAAUUAAAAUGAAAGGCUCGUGGAACUCGACGAGUAUCAUUCCUAAUAUUACUCUUUCUUUUAUUUUCCUUUUCAUUUGUUAUUUCGAAGACGUGCUUGCGGCUCCUCCUACUACUAGGCAACAUUUUUUGUGUCGUCCAGAACAAAGGGUUGCACUUGUCGCUUUCAAAAACGAGUCUUAUAUUGGGAGGCUUUCUCCUAAUUGUUACCGGAAGACGGAGACAUGGGGGAAUAACAGCGACUGUUGUAGUUGGGAGGGAGUGACGUGCAAUGCCAAGUCCGGAGAAGUGGUCGAGCUAGACCUUGCGGGCAGCUGUCUCCAUGGCCCGUUUCAUUCCAAUAGCAGUCUUCAAAACCUUCCUUUUCUAACCACUCUUGACUUUUCAUAUAACGAUCUUACUGGCCAAAUCCCAGAUUCCAUUGGAAACCUUCCUCAUCUCACCUCUCUCGACCUUUCGAGAAAUAAAUUCAGUGGUCGGAUUCCAUCUUCGAUUGGAAACCUUUCUUAUCUCACCACUCUCAACCUUUCGAUUAAUAAUUUCAAUGGUCGGAUUCCAUCUUCGAUUGGAAACCUUUUUCAUCUCACUUCUCUCAACCUUCGGGAAAACAAUCUCGAUGGUGAAAUCCCAUCUUCUUUUGGCAAUCUAAAGCAGCUGACCACCUUAGAAGUUAUUUUGAACAAGCUCAGUGGAAAUUUUCCCAAUGUACUACUGAACUUGACAGGGUUGUUUGGUUUAGGUAUCUCCGGAAAUCGGUUCAGUGGUGUGCUUCCUCCUAAUAUCACUUCACUAUCAAACUUGGGAGAGUUUUACGCAAGUGAUAACGCUUUCAGUGGAACUAUCCCUUCUUCUCUCUUCACCAUUCCUUCUUUGACUGUAUUUUUUUCCGAUGAUAACCAACUCAACGGCACUCUUGAGUUUGGCAAUAUUUCUUCACCAUCUAACCUAGAAUAUUUAUCCCUUAGUAGAAACAACUUCAAAGGGCCAAUCCCGAGAUCCAUUUCCAAAUUUGUCAACCUUUCGGAUCUUGACCUUUCUUAUUUCGACACCCAAGGCCGCCCAGUUGACUUCAGCAUCUUCUCGCCUCUCAGGUCUCUCCAAUAUCUUUACCUAUCAUAUUUGAACACCACCACUACGAUUGACUUGAAUGAUAUCUUNAGAGUCUUUGGAUGUCUACUACCAGGAGGCAAUCAGUUUCAAACGCAGCGUUGCUCUUCCUUUGGAGAUAAUCCNAUUAUAGAUCUCUCAGGCAACCAUGUUUCAACUACAAACAAAAGUUCAGUUUCAAAUCCCCCUUCACAGGAGAUAUAUGCUUUGCAAUUAUCAGGCUGCGGUAUCACCGAGUUUCCAGAGCUCCUAAGAACCCAACAUGAAGUGGCGCAUCUAGACAUCUCCAACAACAAAAUCGAAGGUCAAGUUCCUGCCUGGCUAUGGAUUCUACCAAAUUUGACAUACGUGAAUCUUUCCAACAACACUUUCAUCGGUUUCCAAACAUCAAUGAAGAAACAAGGACUAUCCUCUGACUGGAAACCAUCUUUGAGGCACUUUUUUGGCUUCAACAACAACUUCACGGGCAAGAUUCCUUCUUUCAUAUGCGAGUUGCGUUCUCUAGAGACUCUCCAUUUAUCUGAAAACAACUUUAACGGUUCAAUCCCUCCUUGUUUGGGAAAUCUCAAGAGUACUCUUUCAGUUUUAAACCUUCGGCAGAAUAAUCUUAGUGGAGGUAUUCCAGAGGAUAUAAUAUUUGAAAGUCUAAGGUCGCUUGACGUCGGCCAUAACCAACUUGUGGGAAAGCUUCCAAGAUCUUUGAAUCGUUUCUCUACUCUUGAAGUUCUGAACGUGGAAAGCAACAGAAUCAACGACACGUUUCCAUUCUGGUUGGGUUCUCUACAAAAGCUGCAAGUUCUUGUGCUUCGCUCCAAUGCAUUCCAUGGACCAAUGAAUCAAGCCUCCUUCCCUCAGUUGCGAAUCAUCGACAUAUCACAUAAUCACUUCGAUGGAACUUUGCCAUCAGAGUACUUUUCGAAGUGGACUGCUAUGUCAUCACUUGAGCCCGACGAAGAUCAGUCUUCUGAAAAGUACAUGAGAGGGGGAUCACGCUAUUACUAUGAUUCAUUGGUUUUGAUGAAUAAAGGUGAAGAGAUGGAGCUAGUACGUAUCUUAAAAAUCUUAACAGCAAUCGACUUUUCAGGAAACAAAUUUGAAGGAGAGAUUCCAAAGUCCAUCUGUCUAUUGAAAGAGCUUCGUGUGCUCAACUUGUCAAACAAUGUAUUCACUGGCAGCAUCCCUUCAUCUAUGGGGAACCUGAAAGCUCUAGAGUCUUUGGAUGUUUCCCGAAACAAGCUUUCAGGAGAAAUUCCACAAGAGCUAGGGGAGCUCUCGUUCCUUGCGUACAUGAACUUCUCUCAUAACCAGCUUUCAGGUCUACUACCAGGAGGCAAUCAGUUUCAAACGCAGCGUUGCUCUUCCUUUGGAGAUAAUCCGGGACUUGUUGGCUCUUCUCUUGACAAAGUUUGCAGAGAUAUUCACACACCACCAGCAUCACAUCAACACUAUGAAACGCCGGAAUCAGAGGACGAAGAUGAAGAAGAGGUGAUUAGUUGGAUAGCAGCUGCAAUAGGUUUCGUACCUGGUAUUGUAUCUGGUUUGACGUUUGGAUACAUAUUGGUUUCCCACAAACCAGAGUAGUUCAUGAACCCUUUUGGCCGAAACAAUCGUAAAGGCAGCAGAAACACCACAACUCACUAGAGAGAGGCUUAAAGCCUAUUUGAAGAAUCUGGACGAGGAAAGUCAAAGUAAACGGAUGAACUGUUAGGACGUCAACCAACUACUCUUUGUCCAAAUCCAGAUUGGUUUAGAUUUCGGUUAUUGUUCCCAGUUUAGCUUUGUGUGUUUCUCUUUAACUCUGUUUUUUGCCAACUUUGUAAUUGAGCAACUCUGUUUCGAACCUUAAAUUACUCUCCCUUUAGAUGCACAUGGGAUUUUUUUUUUUUUUUUACGGCAAUGUUAUCUUUACUUUUUCCUAUUAGACUCUCGCAUCUAUUUAUACGUAUGUCCAUUGUUCAUAUCAAUUAGUUACAGAUAUACUGAGCAAUUAUUUUAUAAACCUUA